GGGUCCCCCGGAGCCGGCCUUCGGGAGGCGCGGCCUGGGAGGAGGCUUGGCCCUGUGGGCCGGGAGUAGCCGGGGAUCCGCGGGCGGCCCGCGGGAGGGAGCAGAAGUCCCGGGACGGGCGCAGGCGGCGGCGCGAGCGGGGCGGGCGAACUCUGUGCUCCCUCCACAUGGCUGGGAGCGGGUCGCGGCGACGGCGGAGGCGCUGACAGGCCCGGGCGGGGCAGGGCAGGCAGGCCCGGGCGGGGGCCUGGGACCGCGGGGACGAUGAGCGCUCUCCUAGAGCAGAAGGAGCAGCAGGAGAGGCUGCGGGAGGCCGCGGCCUUGGGGGACAUUCGGGAGGUGCAGAAACUGGUGGAGAGCGGGGUGGAUGUGAACUCCCAAAAUGAGGUCAACGGCUGGACUUGUUUACAUUGGGCAUGUAAACGAAACCAUGGUCAGGUGGUCUCUUACCUGUUGAAAUCAGGAGCUGACAAAGAUAUUCUUACCACCAAAGGAGAAAUGCCAGUCCAGUUAACAUCAAGGAGAGAAAUCAAGAAGAUUAUGGGAGUGGAAGAUGAAGAUGAUGAUGACGACACUCUCCCCCAGCUGAAGAAGGAGUCAGAACUGCCCUUUAUUCCCAACUAUUUGGCCAACCCAGCCUUCCCUUUUAUCUACACCCCCACAGCAGAGGAUUCAACCCAGUUGCAGAAUGGGGGCCCCUCCACACCUCCUGCAUCACCACCUACAGAUGGCUCUCCUUCGUUGCUUCCCCCUGGGGAACCUCCCCUACUAGGGACCUUUCCCCGGGACCACACCUCUUUGGCACUGGUUCAGAAUGGUGAUGUGUCUGCCCCCUCUGCCAUACUCAGAACACCAGAAAGCACAAAACCGGGCCCUGUUUGUCAGCCACCAGUGAGUCAGAGUCGUUCCCUGUUCUCUUCUGUCCCAUCCAAGCCACCAGUGUCUCUGGAGCCUCAAAAUGGAACGUAUACAGGACCGGCGCCAGCAUUCCAGCCAUUUUUCUUCACAGGAGCAUUCCCAUUUAAUAUGCAAGAGCUGGUACUGAAGGUGAGAAUUCAGAACCCAUCUCUUCGUGAAAAUGAUUUCAUUGAAAUUGAACUGGACCGACAGGAGCUCACCUACCAAGAAUUGCUCAGAGUGAGUUGUUGUGAGCUGGGUGUUAAUCCAGAUCAAGUGGAGAAGAUCAGAAAGCUACCCAAUACUUUGUUAAGAAAGGUAAGAAAUAAUAAUUUUCUGUUCAGAAAUGCUACAUCCACACUGACUGAAAGGCCUUGCUAUAACAGGAGAGCUUCAAAACUGACUUACUAAUGCAGCAGGGACUUUUGUGACAGUUUGUGUCACCUCUGGGCCCAGGACAAGCCAUUGAUCUAAAUGCCUUGGAUGCCCACGAGGGCCCCUGGUGCCAGUGUGUAGUGUACACUAACAUUGUUCUGCCAAGGUAGGAAGCCCCUGACCCCCAAGCAGCGGUGCCACUCUUCCAAGCCUCUUGGUGCACAAUAAACCUAUUGCGUGAAGCUUUGAACAGCUGAGAAGUGGUCUGGAGAGGCAGAAGCUGAAGGUUCUAUAUCCAGUGUGUUUUAUGUGCAGAAUGUGAGAGCGUUAUCUAAGCAGAAUCUGAGAGAGAGUGGAGCCUGUUUCUAGCCACUCCUGUUGACAGUGCACCUGAAGGGCCGGGAUGUGCUUUUCUUGGUGUUGCAUGCUCACGACUCUCCUGAAGUCCUGAAGUGACUAGAGAGGAAGACUGGGGAAUGCACAGGUACUGGACAAAUGAAUUGUAGUGUGGCUUGUGACUGUGAGGUUUCUUAUAACAUAUUUAUAAAUGUUACUCAGGUUAAAAGUAUUUAAGAAUACAGUUACCUAAUUGUAAA